AUGAUGGAAGGGCAGGGUGUUUUGAUGCACGGCAGCAGCCUGACCGAGUCUCCUUACCUCUUCAGCACCGUCCGAAUCAUAUUUGGUGACAACUCAAUGUACUGGGUUCCGGUCCAUCUCUUGGAAAAAUAUCCCAAGUUUAGGCUCUCCUACGACAAGGACAGAGAUGUCGUGAAGCUCAAAUGGCUGAACGACACACAAACGGCCGACUUCAUGAGCUAUCUACGCAAGGGAAAAUGGAAGAGCCAAAAGCCAGAGGACCGGGUCGGAUCAACGGACUACUACAACCGGAUGCAACAGUGUCUGUCGGUCCACAGUCUUGCUUUGGACUACGAAAUGUACGAACUCGCUGGACUCACCUUUGGAGAAUUCACCAGCAUGGCUGGCCGACUCUCAGUCUUAGACCUCGUGGAGAUGUUUGAAAGAGUCAACUUCGCUUUUCAUGGCCACCAGGCUGUUUUGGCCGACUACUUCACCCAGAGAGUUGCCAAGACCGACGAGGUCAUCAUGGCGGAUACCGUCGCCAGGCUCAAAAGACUUUCACUAGUCGAAGAUUCAGACAACAUCGACGACAUCACUCCAGCGGAAGUGAGCGAGUUGAAGCGCAAGCUCCAACAGUACGAAGAGAAGUACGGGCCUCUGUGA